AUGAUGGGCGCUGGACAUUUUAGUGAUCUUUUGACUGUCCUGAUUCUGCUCAGUAGUUUAAUGCAAUACAGCUGUAAGCCCAGCAGCUACAGAAGCAAAUCGCUUGAGGAAACAGUCACGGAAGUAUCAGGUUAUGCAGACAUUGCCCAGAAGAUCAUAGACCUGGCAGUACACGGCAAGGCUCAGAACCGCUCUUAUGAAAGACUCGCGGACUUCACUGACACAGUCGGCAACAGGGUGACUGGGUCAAAGAAUCUGGACCUGGCUAUAAAGUACAUGUACAACGCUUUGAGCCAGGAUGGUCUGGAGAAUGUACAUCUGGAGCCGGUGAAGAUCCCUCACUGGGUCAGAGGAGAGGAGAGCACCAUGAUGAUUCUUCCACGAAAUCACACCUUCAGCAUUCUCGGGCUGGGGAGUAGUGUCGGAACUCCCAAAGAAGGUAUUGAAGCUGAAGUGUUGGUGGUGGAGUCUUUCGAUGAGCUAAAACGAAGAGGAAAAGAGGCGAAAGGGAAAAUCGUGGUGUAUAAUCAACCCUUCGUGAGCUAUGGUGAGACAGUGGUGUACCGUGCCUUAGGAGCUUCAGAGGCAGCGAAAUUCGGAGCGGUGGCUUCACUCAUCCGCUCCAUCACGCCGUUUUCCAUUAACAGCCCCCACACUGGCUGGCAGUGGUACCAGCCUGGCGUACCUCAGAUCCCCACAGCCUGUAUAACAUUAGAGGAUGCUGAGAUGAUGGCCAGGAUGGCUCACAGAGGCACACGGAUUGUGGUGCGACUAACAAUGGGAGCUCAAACCCUGCCGGAUGUAGGGUCCUUUAACACGGUGGCCGAGAUAACGGGGAGUAAACACCCAGAGCAGGUAGUUCUGCUGAGUGGCCACUUGGACAGUUGGGACGUGGGACAGGGGGCGAUGGAUGAUGGAGGUGGAGUGGCCAUUUCCUGGGAGGCCUUGUCACUGAUCAAAGAUCUAGGGCUGCGUCCGAAGAGAACACUGAGGGCCGUGCUGUGGUCGGCGGAGGAAGCCGGAGGAGUGGGAGCUAUGCAGUACUACCAACAGCACAAAGCGAACAUCUCAAACUUUGACCUGGUGAUGGAGUCAGAUCUGGGUACGUUUGCCCCCGUUGGACUGCAGUUCACUGGCAGUGAUAAGGCGAGAGCCAUCAUGACAGAAGUAAUGAAACUGCUGGCACCCAUUAACGUCACGUCCCUGGAGAAGCAUGCAGAAGGAACAGACGUGAAUAUGUGGAUGGAGGCCGGAGUACCAGGUGCCAGCCUGCAUACGGCGGACGGCAGAUACUUCUGGUUCCACCACACUCAGGCUGACAUGAUGACGGUGCAGAACCCGAGCGAGAUGAAUCUGUGUUCGGCCGUGUGGGCCGUGGUGUCCUACGUGGUGGCAGAUCUGGAUGAGAUGCUCCCCAGAUAACAGUUUCACGUUCUGUUAUUCAGAUUACUUACAUUUACCGGCAUGCCAGAGUGAAAUCAGUACGAAUGAUCGGGGACGUUUGUCGUUAGAGAUUUAUCACUGUUUAAACCUGAUUAUUAAAAUAAUAACAAUAUUAUAAUUAAUAAUAUUCAUUCAUUCAUGGUCAGGCAUAACAUUAAAACCACCUCCUUGUUUCUACACUCAC